UGUUUCCGCUCCGCACAGCUGCUCGUCGUCGCUGGCGGGUCUGGGUCUGGCGGAGCCGCUGCUGCUGCUGCUAAAAUAGCGAUAGAUGUGUUUUACUGCACGACCUCACGAUUAAGCGCUACAGGUUCCCGAUCGUCUGACGUCCACAUUCUCCCUGGAUAUGGGGGACAAGGCGGGCACGCGGGUAUUCAAAAAGUCCAGUCCGAAUUGCAAGAUCACAGUAUAUUUGGGGAAAAGAGAUUUUGUGGAUCAUUUAGAUCAAGUGGACCCUGUCGAUGGGGUCAUUCUGGUUGACCCUGAAUAUCUCAAAGAUCGAAAAGUGUUUGUGACUCUAACCUGUGCCUUCCGCUAUGGCCGUGAAGACCUGGAUGUUCUUGGUCUUUCUUUCCGGAAAGAUCUUUACAUAUCAACGUUUCAAGCCUUCCCACCCAUACAGGAAGAGCGUAAGCCAAACAGUCGCCUUCAGGAGAGACUUUUGAAGAAACUGGGACAGCAGGCUCAUCCUUUUCAUUUUACUAUCCCUCAGAACCUGCCAUGCUCAGUUACCUUACAGCCUGGUCCUGAAGACACUGGAAAGGCCUGUGGGGUAGAUUACGAGAUCAGAGCUUUCUGUGCCAGGUCUGUGGAGGAGAAGAUUCAUAAACGGAAUUCUGUCCGAUUGGUGAUUCGUAAGGUCCAGUAUGCGCCUGAGAAACCUGGUCCCCAGCCAAUGGUGGAGACAACAAGGAGCUUCUUAAUGUCUGACCGGUCUCUGCAUCUAGAAGCUUCUCUGGACAAAGAGCUGUAUUAUCAUGGGGAACCCAUAAGUGUGAAUGUGCAUGUGACCAACAACUCAACCAAGACUGUCAAAAGAGUCAAAAUAUCAGUGCGGCAGUAUGCUGAUAUAUGUCUGUUCAGCACAGCGCAGUAUAAAUGUCCGGUGGCUCAGAUUGAGGCAGAUGACCAGGUGUCCUCCAGCUCCACGUUCUGUAAGGUGUACACACUCACGCCCACUUUGAACAAUAACAGAGAGAAGCGAGGGCUUGCAUUAGAUGGCAAACUGAAACAUGAAGACACCAACCUGGCCUCCAGCACCAUUGUUAAGGAAGGAUGUAACAAGGAGGUUCUUGGAGUUCUGGUGUCGUAUCGAGUCAAAGUCAAACUCGUUGUCUCCCGCGGAGGGCUUUUAAGCAGCUUACUGGAGAGGGACGUCUCAGUGGAGCUGCCCUUUGUUUUAAUGCAUCCCAAACCCAUAGAUCUCUCCACCUCUCGACCAGCCUCAGCUGUACCAGAGGUGGAUCCUCCUAUUGACACUAACCUCAUAGAGUUUGAAACAAACAGCUUCGCCCAGGAUGAUGACCUGGUGUUUGAAGACUUUGCCCGUCUGCGGUUAAAAGGAACCACUGAGGACAAGGAUGAGGACUGCUGAGCCAUUCCUUCUAUCACAUGUUCUUUAUCCCCCCUUCUAUUCGAACCAGAAACUCACAAAAUCCACUAACUAGCUAACCCACUCAAAUGAACAAUAUCGCUCAUUAUCAAACUCUAUUCUAAGCUUCAUUGCAUCAUCCCUUUGGUGAAGCAGUAUUUUACACACUUCUUGACCGUAUUGUUCAGAAGAAAAGAGCACUUUUUUAAAGAGUUGCUGAACAUUUUCUACUGUUAUAAAUGAUGACAUGAAAAUCUGAGGAAAGGUGCUAAAUCUUAGAAAUCUUUGAAAACGGGGGGGAAAAUGCCACAGAAAUUUCAAAUCUCAUCUCAUAAGUGAAUUGUGAGCUUACGUGCUGCUUCUGCCAACCUUCAGUGGAAAAUAAGCAGGUAACAGAUUUGGAAAGAUGAUCCAAAUUGAAAGAACCUAUGCUAUUUUGUUGUUCUGUGAUCUUCUAAAGUUGAUUAUUUUGAAAUGCCUUUUUAAAAGCUUAAUUUCCAUGUGUGUGUAAACAUUAGUAAACAUUAGUGAAGAGUUCUUGAUCACCAGUUAUAACAAAUAAACAUAAGCAGCUGAUCAUCAUUGGGCAUCGCGGGCAGAACAGUGUCGUACAGCCUCAUCGCCCUUACACAAUGUUUUACAAAUACAAAGCCUUUUUAAACAGCUAAGCAGUUCCGCAUGGUUUAAUACUAAUGUGACUUUUGUUUGUGUUAUCCAUGGCAUACUCAUACUGUAUCCAGUCCUCAGGUAUACAGGCUCCUUCACUCACUUAUCCAAUCACUUACAUAUUCAUUCAUUCAUUUAUAUCAGUGCUGAUAUGGAGUGUGCUACGUUGGUGCUGUAAAGACCGUCUAUGGCUGUGUUUGCAUAUGAAGGGUGGUUUUUACAUUGCCAUUCAGCACCGUCUGGUGUAAAUAAAAGUGCUGCUUUUGGUUAAAAUGAAAACUUUCUGCCUGAUAAAUAGAGAUUGUCUCAGAUUAAAAAGAAGAAAAAGUAUAGUCUUCAUCUUCAUGUUAAUACAGGUUUAAUAAUUGUGAAAAGCAUUGUUUUCCAUUUACAUUUUUUUGAAUUUCAGAAUUUAUUUAAUUUUUUUAAUAAAAUUGAAAAUAAUCCAA